GCGGGCCCGGGGCGCGGGCGGGCGGCGGCGGUGGCCGCUCGGAGCCGGGGAGGCGGGACGCCGAGAGGGCGCGCGGCCCCGACCCGGCGGGAGCCGGAGCAGCACUGGCGUGGAUGCUCCCAUCACUUGGCCUUUGGAGACUCAGUUGCUUUUUAAUGGCGGCAGCGGCUGUUGGAUGAGCCCCAGGAUACUAGAGCUGGUUUUGUCCGGAGGGUCGCUUUUGCUUGGCGCCAUCACUGCUGGAUUGGUCCUUCCUGGUCCCCUCCACUGCUGAAGGGAGAAGAUGCCACUGCCGUUUGGGCUGAAAUUGAAACGUACCCGGCGCUACACGGUGUCCAGCAAGAGCUGCCUGGUUGCACGGAUCCAGCUGCUUAAUAAUGAGUUCGUGGAGUUCACUUUGUCUGUGGAGAGCACUGGCCAGGAGAGCCUGGAAGCUGUGGCCCAGCGCCUGGAGCUCAGGGAGGUCACGUACUUCAGCCUUUGGUACUACAACAAGCAGAAUCAGCGCCGCUGGGUGGACCUGGAGAAGCCCCUCAAGAAGCAGCUGGACAAGCACGCGCUGGAGCCCACGGUCUACUUCGGGGUGGUCUUCUACGUGCCCUCUGUUGCCCAGCUGCAGCAGGAGAUCACCAGGUAUCAAUAUUACCUGCAGCUGAAGAAAGAUAUUUUGGAAGGAAACCUUCCCUGUACCUUAGAACAAGCCAUUCAGCUAGCUGGUUUAGCUGUUCAAGCUGAUUUUGGUGACUUUGACCAGUAUGAAUCCCAGGACUUUCUUCAGAAAUUUGCCUUGUUCCCUGUGGGGUGGCUACAGGAUGAAAAAGUGCUGGAAGAAGCAACCAAAAAAGUGGCUUUGCUGCAUCAGAAAUACAGAGGGCUCACAGCUCCCGAAGCCGAAAUGCUGUACAUGCAGGAAGUAGAGAGAAUGGAUGGCUAUGGAGAAGAGAGCUACCCUGCCAAGGAUAGCCAAGGGAGUGACAUAUCCAUUGGUGCUUGUCUUGAUGGCAUCUUUGUGAAACACAAGAAUGGAAGGCCUCCUGUGGUAUUCAGGUGGCACGACAUUGCUAACAUGUCACACAACAGGUCCUUUUUUGCCUUAGAGCUGGCAAAUAAAGAGGAGACCAUCCAGUUUCAAACUGAGGACAUGGAAACAGCAAAGUACGUGUGGAGGCUGUGUGUGGCACGGCACAAAUUUUACAGACUAAACCAGUGUACCCUGCAAACUCAGACUGCCACGUUGAACUCAGUCAGGAGGGGCUCAUCUUCCAGGAUGUCUCUGCCUAAACCCCAGCCCUAUGCGAUGCCUCCCCCACCCCAGCUGCAUUAUAAUGGACAUUAUACAGAGCCAUUUGCUUCUUCCCAAGAUAACAUCUUCGUGCCCAACAAGAAUGGAUUCUAUUGUCACUCCCAAACAAGUCUGGACAGAACUCAGAUUGACCUCAACGGUCGCAUCCGCAACGGCAGCGUCUAUAGUGCACACAGUACAACCUCCCUAAAUACCCCUCAGCCCUACUUGCAGCCCUCCCCUAUGUCUUCCAACCCCAGCAUUACUGGCAGUGACGUCAUGAGACCCGACUACAUCCCAUCCCACCGGCACAGCGCCCUGAUUCCCCCAUCCUACCGCCCCACCCCCGACUAUGAAACUGUGAUGAAGCAGCUCAACAGAGGCAUGGUGCAUGCAGACAGGCACAGCCACUCGCUGAGGAACCUCAACAUUGGCAGUUCCUACGCAUACAGCAGGCCUGACGCCUUGGUCUAUAGCCAGCCCGAGAUUCGGGAGCACGCACAGCUUACCUCACCCCAGUCGGCCCACUACCCGUUUAACUUGAACUACAGUUUCCACAGCCAGUCUCCGUACCCCUACCCUGCCGAGAGGCGACCUGUGGUGGGCGCUGUCAGUGUGCCUGAGUUGACCAAUGUGCAGCUCCAGGCCCAGGACUACCCAGCUCCAAACAUUAUGAGGACACAGGUAUACCGGCCACCCCCGCCAUACCCUUACCCAAGGCCUGCCAACAGCACCCCGGACCUGUCCCGCCACCUCUACGUCAGCAGCAGCAAUCCGGACCUCAUCACCCGGCGAGUCCAUCACUCAGUGCAGACCUUCCAGGAGGACAGCUUGCCCGUGGCCCACUCUCUGCAGGAGGUGAGCGAGCCCCUCACAGCGGCUCGGCAUGCCCACCUCCAGAAGAGGAACAGUAUUGAAAUCGCGGGGCUCACACAUGGUUUCGAAGGCCUGAGGCUCAAGGAGAGGACCAUGUCAGCCUCCGCAGCAGACGUGGCCCCGCGGACUUUCUCAGCAGGCUCGCAGUCCAGCGUCUUCUGCGACAGAAUGAAGCACGAGGAGACCGAGGAGCAGGAGGCUGGCAGAUACAGCCACAAGAAGUCCCUUUCUGAUGCCACCAUGCUGAUACACAGCAGUGAGGAGGAGGAGGACUUAGAAGAGGACAGCGGCAGAGCACGUGCCGUCUCGGCUGUGUCCGAGCCCCGCCUCACUGCCGCUGUCUCCCAGGAGCAACAGCUGAGCUACCCCUGUGCUUCGGCCACGCCGCUCGCUGGCCCUCUCCACAUUCUUGAGCCCAAGUCCCACGUUACAGAGCCUGAGAAGAGGACGAAGGAUAUCAGCCCGGUCCACCUGGUUGUGGAGACCCAUCGGCCCCGAAGAGAUGGGCUGCUGACCCCCUCCAUGUCCGAGUCUGACCUCACGACCUCAGGGAGGUACCGAGUUCGGAGGGACUCCCUCAAGAAAAGGCCGGUGUCCGAUCUCCUCUCUGGGAAGAAGAACGUUGUGGAAGGACUUCCGCCACUAGGGGGAAUGAAAAAGACUCGAGCAGACGCAAAGAAAAUUGGUCCCCUCAAGCUGGCUGCCCUCAAUGGACUCUCCCUGUCCCGACUGCCCCUGCCUGAUGAAGGAAAGGAAGUAUCCACCAGAGCAACGAAUGAUGAGAGGUGUAAGAUUCUGGAACAGCGCUUAGAGCAAGGAAUGGUCUUCACUGAGUAUGAACGGAUUCUUAAAAAGCGGCUAGUGGAUGGGGAGUGCACCACAGCCCGGCUCCCUGAAAACGCAGAACGGAAUCGAUUCCAAGAUGUGCUUCCCUAUGAUGAUGCCAGGGUGGAGCUGGUUCCGACCAAGGAGAACAACACAGGCUACAUCAACGCGUCACACAUUAAGGUCUCUGUCAGUGGAAUUGAAUGGGAUUAUAUUGCCACACAGGGACCAUUACAAAAUACCUGCCAGGACUUUUGGCAGAUGGUGUGGGAACAGGGAAUCGCAAUUAUAGCAAUGGUGACAGCGGAGGAGGAGGGUGGCCGGGAGAAGAGCUUCCGGUAUUGGCCAAGGCUUGGUUCAAGGCACAACACUGUCACCUAUGGAAGGUUUAAGAUCACGACUCGGUUCCGCACAGACUCCGGCUGCUAUGCUACUACAGGUUUGAAGAUGAAGCACCUUCUCACAGGGCAGGAGAGGACGGUUUGGCAUCUCCAGUACACAGACUGGCCUGAACAUGGCUGUCCUGAAGACCUCAAGGGAUUUUUAUCAUACCUUGAGGAGAUCCAGUCUGUUCGACGUCACACGAACAGUACAAGUGAGCCCAGAAGCCCCAACCCUCCACUGUUGGUGCACUGCAGUGCUGGCGUGGGGAGAACGGGUGUUGUCAUUUUGUCAGAGAUCAUGAUCGCCUGUCUGCAACACAACGAGGUGCUGGACAUCCCCAGAGUGCUGGACAUGCUGAGACAACAGAGAAUGAUGCUGGUGCAGACGCUCAGCCAGUACACAUUUGUGUACAGAGUCCUCAUUCAGUUCCUCAAAAGUUCCAGGCUCAUUUAAGCUCCCACACUUUUUAUGGGGACCCACUCAUGUGAAGUAUUUACAGCUUGAAAAGGAAAAGGAAAGAAAGAAAAGAAGUGCAGUUCACACUGUGUCCCAAGUAGUCCCCUGUGGAGAUCCUGCACAGGAAGUGUGGGCUGAGGAGCUGAAGCAGUGUGCUAAGCACUCAGCCGAGGUGGGGUGUGGGGCAAACUGAGGAAGGCGGGCUGGGCGCCCCGGCCUCAGCUGCCCAGACUGCAGCACCUGCACACACUCUGGAGACAGCCCUCUGUCUCACUGAAGCUGUGCUGGGCAGUUCUGGCAAUCAUUAAGGUGCACAGACUUCUAUCUUAAGCUUGUUUUUCACAAUGUAAUUUUAUGACUAAAUAGGGCUUCUCUCUCUCUUUUUAGCUAGAGGCUGAACUUUUCUGUGGGGCGUCCACAGACUGAGUGGUUAUUGAGAAACUGUAUUUAAAACCAUUGUUAGCUUUUGUUUAAGAACAAAAACCAUGGGGGAAUUAAGUGGUUUAUUUACCAAAUCCAAACUAAAGAGAAAAUCUUAAAAGUGUUAUUUUGAAACAUAGAAAGCAUUUUUAUAUUCAGAAUGUUUUUUAAAAGUUCUAUAUAUUUGUACCUUCUAUAUUUUCCAAAUAAGAGCUCAAUUUGUUAUGAUACUGAGUCAGUUAAUGUAAAGUUGGGGAUAAAGACACAUUAUUUAAAAAUCAAAGAAUCAGAUUCACUAUUUUUUCAGUAUUAUUAAUAAGCAUAAAUUAGUUUGAUUUUAUUGAUUGAAAAAGAACAAUUCCAUAGGAUGGUUUUAAGCACUUUUUUUUUGUUAAAAAUGGGUUUAAUAUAUGUGGCUUUAUAUUUUAAACAACUGUGGACACUAUUUCAAAGAGAAGGGCUAUGGGUAUGUAAGCUGGCUAGGACGAGAGUAAGUGCCUGCGGUGGUCUCGCAAGAUGGCUUGGUCGUUACACACAUGCAGUAUUAUCUGUACUCACACUGAGAGCUGGGAUGGAGAGUGGGGUCUUGGGGGCUUGGGAUGGAUGCUAGAGGGCUUCUCCAUACAAGAAAUUCGAGGUUCCCCGUUGUCAAGGACUUGCUUUGUUUCUUAGGGUUCUUCCUGUAUUUCUGUUCCCCGCAAACAAGUUGAGGUUUACAUUAUCAUUAGAGAAGCCUUUAAGAGGCUUUGUUUCCUUUAGGUUGAAAGGAAGAAAUAGUUAACAGGAGGCUCCUUUCCCAAAACCACAGUCCAAAUUUAUGGGGCCACCAGAAAUUGCUGUGGUUUUCUGGGGGUACUGAAAUUUAGCACCUUCAUCCUGUCCCCACGGAAGGGCAGUUCUAGGUACUUGUCCCCCUCUUCCAUGCCAUUUGGGCACAUCCUUCUGGUCAGAACCAGCUCAGGUUUGAAGGGGGAGUGUUGCUCUUGGCCCAGGCUGAGUUUGCCUUGUGAGAUGUGGAGGACAAGCUGGCACCUUUAGCUGUGGUGUGUCGUGUUGUCCGUCUGUCCUUAAUCCUACCCCCGAGGCUGCUGCUUCAUAGUAUAGGUGUUUUAGAAUCUCAGAUCUAGGAUUAGCUCCCAGAACGACAGUGUUCUGCGUCAUUCUGAUUUGACUGUGGUGAGCAUUGCCCUCCAUGACAAGUGUGUGCCAGCUAGGCACAACAGACUCAGGUAGACGCGCUUGCGAGGAUGGGGCUUGUGUGGCGUAUUUUCCAUCUCAUGCCAUGUGAAGGACAGGACAUUUUCUGAAGCUUUUUCUUCCAAUGGUACGUUGUUUGAAGAUGCUUUCUUAUCACACUUAACCAUUUGGAAAUAUCCCACUGACAAGAACAUAUUGUAAAACAAAACUUUAAUUAAAGAGUAAUAUAUGGCA